GCCGGGCCCCGAGGCAGGAAGCCAGAAGCGUCGCCCCUGCCUCGGAGCGGCCGCCAUGGCCAAGUACCUGGCCCAGAUCAUUGUGAUGGGCGCACAGGUGGUGGGCAAGGCCUUUGCACGGGCCCUGCGGCAGGAAAUUGCAGCCAGCCGGGCAGCAGCUGACGCCGGGGGCCGCGCCGGCCACCAGUCUGCAGCUGCUUCCAGCCUCUCAGGCCUGAGUCUCCAGGAGGCACAGCAGAUCCUCAACGUCUCCAAGCUGAGCCCUGAGGAGAUCCAGAAGAACUACGAGCACCUGUUUAAGGUGAAUGACAAGUCCGUGGGCGGCUCCUUCUAUCUGCAGUCCAAGGUGGUCCCUGCGAAGGAGCGCCUGGAUGAGGAGCUCAGGAUCCAGGCCCAGGAGGAUGGAGAGAGAGGGCAGGCACCCAAAACGUGACGGCUUGACUCCCUGCGCCACCCCACCUCCUCUAAUUUAUAGUUCGGUAAUAAAUGUC